UACAAAUACUCCCUUUUGCAACCCCAUAAGCUCAGGUCCUCUAUCAACUCACUAUGACUUGCAUCGAUGUCCCUUUGUCCACAUUGCCUGUUCCGCGUGUUGAUGAGUUAGAGUCAGGAGUAUGCGUACUCCCGCCACUCAGCCGCCGGGCGAAAGGUCCUGGCAUGAUCACCAUCCUUCCUGACGGGCCUUCCAACAGCCACGGCCACAUCCUGGUUAAUGGAGUUUUAAGCCCAUCCAUGAAAUGGGCCGAGGAAGGCUAUACUGUGGUCGAGAUCCGGGGGUCAGCUCUGGAGCGCGGUUAUUCAUUAAGCCGAGCAAUUGAAGCCCUAGCCCAGCACGACCAGUGCACUCCGAAGGGCGUCAUUGGUCUUAUAGUAUACGGCACUCGUCUCUGGGAGAUGGCCCAAAUAGAGCCCGAGCUGGAAAAAAUCACCGCGGCGGUUGUCUAUGGGGCCGCAUCUGAAGCCACUCAACUGAGACUAAACAAAAUUCCCAUCGUGCAGCAUCUGGCAGGGAAAGCGUGCGUCCCGCUGCUAAGAACGGAAAAUCUCAUGCAGUAUGUGUACUCGCUCACCCGCAGUGACGCCUUUGCCCUCCCCUUUUCCGCAGAUUUCGAUUACGCGGUUGAAGGUAUAACGCACACACGCAACCUCAUCUUCCUGAAGAAGCACUUAAACGGCCCCUACUUUGACCUUGAGGCCAUCUGGGAAGAGCAUACCUACUUUGAGUUUGAAAACCGAUCGGUAGAGCAUACUAUGAACACCAUGGUCCAAGAGCCCUAUGUGAAUCACAUCCCCACCUUAACAGGGGGAAUUGGUCGCGAGCUUUUGACUCACUUCUACCGCGACCACUUCAUCUUCAAGAACUCGGCAAACACGACAAAUCAGUUGGUCAGUCGCACGAUCGGAAUUGACCGCGUUGUGGAUGAGUUCAUCAUGACACUAACGCAUGAUUGCGAGAUCGAUUGGUUAAUCCCAGGAAUUCCUCCGACCGGCUGUGAAUUAGAGAUCCCCUUCAUGGCGGUCGUCAAUAUCCGGGGAGACCGACUCUACCACGAACAUAUUACCUGGGAUCAGGCCACCGUGUUGCGGCAAUUGGGCUUACUGCCCGAGUACAUGCCCUAUCCCUACGCCCUUCCUGAUGGGAGAGAGCCGGCUGCAGGGAGGAUAUUCGAAGUCCGAGUACCCGCUGCGGGUGCCGAGACGGCUGCCAAGAUGCGUGAUAAGAACGCUGUGCCGUCUAAUUUGCUUUUCGCUGGAGGGAUCCGGGAAGUUCAAGUGUCGGGGAACAAUAAUUGAGGUCAUAAGCUCUAGACCUUUUUGUUUGUUUGAAUUCGACUUAGGGGGCUUAAAAGAUAUGUUCAUACAUUCUGUAAGGAGGAUACAAAAGAGAGCCUUGUUGGUACCCCUGUUGGCGAAACAGUAUUGAUCUAUAAAUUUUAUUUUUGCGACG